AUGCCGCUCCACCCACACUUGCACCUUCUCGUCCCCUCCUCGACGGCAAGCAUCGCCCUCGAGGCCCGCGUGUACAUCUCCCGCUCAGCAGCGGCCGCGCUCUCCGGGUUGGCCACGACCUCCACCUCGUCCGAGCCUACCCCGCUGGAGGGUCUCACAGACUCGCAGCGCGCAACAGUCGCCGGUCUGGGUAUCCGCAAGAUCGUCACUGCGGCGCACCCAUGGGGGCGGUUGGGCGGGAACAUGCUCUUCCCUGUGAUCGCAAACUACCUCCCCAACGCCGUCUUUGGGACUCCCCGCGCCGACGGUGCCGCGCCAGACACCGCCAUUGCGACGUUCAACGUCCGCGGUGUCGGCCAGUCGGGCGGCAGCAUGCCGCUGCCGGGCUUCGGCAUCGGCAACGACGGCGAGGACUUUGCAGCUGUCGAGCGCGCGGUAGCUGACCUUGUGGGCGGGCAAGCAGAGCUGUACCGGUUGGGCUACUCGUACGGCACCAACCUCGCGCUCAACGCUCCCCUCCCAGACCGCGGCGUCAAGCGCACCAUCCUCGUCUCCCCGGCACCAACGCUGUUCAAGGCCAUGACCCUCCUGUCGGGUCCAACGUUUGCAACAGGUCUAGACGCAGCGCUCGAUCGCGCUGCGGCGUCCCGGGAGUCUGGCAAGGACGCGCGUUCGCUCUGGGUCGUGUUUGGCGACAAGGACGAUUUCACCGGCGCGGCCACUCUGCGCGCCCUCGGCGGCGACAAGAAGGACGAGAUUGUGGCAGUAGAGAUUUCGGGCUGUGGACACUUUUAUGCGCGUGUCGAGGACGGCGACGCGGCUGAAAAGGCCAUCGCGGCAUGGAUCUCGGACAGCUGA